AUGUCGCCUGAGUAUGCGAUGGAGGGCAUUUUUUCCGUCAAGUCGGACACCUACAGCUUUGGUAUUUUGCUACUAGAGAUUGUAAGUGGAUUAAAGAUCAGUUCACCACAUCAUCUUGUGAUGGACUUUUCAAAUCUCAUAUCAUUUGCAUGGAACUUGUGGGCAGAUAGCAAAGUGGAGGAUUUCGUGGAACCAGCCAUCACGGAGAGCUACUCGCUUGAUGAAGUGUCCAAGUGCAUCCAUGUUGGGCUCUUGUGUGUCCAGGACAGCUCCGGUGCUAGGCCUCACAUGUCAUCCGUUGUGUCCAUGCUCGACAGUGAAGCCAUGCCUCGCGCAGCGCCGAGGCAACCUAUGUAUUUCGCGCAGAUAAAUUACGAAACCAGUGAUGCGACAGAAGACCUGGAAAACUCUGCCAAUGGCGUGAGCCUUACGGCACUAGAAGGACGAUAA